AUGAAGAAACCACGUUUCGACCUAUCUGAGCUGAGAGGCUCGGAUUCACUUGCUAAGUGCAAGGAUUUCCUGCCAAAGUUGCAGGAAUCUAAUGAUAAAUUGACUCAAACUAUAUCUGAAGGUGAUCGUAGUUGUAUUAUUGACUCCGAUAUAAGGGUUUACCGCGGAUCACAUUGCCCGGAAUCGGUAACAGGUGACGAUGGCGACAUAGUACUGGACGUAGGUGUUGGUGUAUUUGAUGUGAACAACGCUCCGGCUGACGAGAGCAGCCUCAAGGCGUCCGGUGUUACUACCGUAUCUCUGGACUCGAAUAGCGAGGUGUUCCGUGGCGCGGAAGCUUUGAUAACGGAGAUUGAUAGUAGGCAUAAUAUCGCGCUGUGA